CUUUUUUCUUCUUCAUGGGUUCUGGCCUCUGCCUCCUCUCUCUCUCUGUGUUCCGCAUUCUUUGAAAAAAAAAAACUGGAAAAAAAUAAAAACAAAACAAAAAAAAAGAAAAGUUUGAAAGUUCGAGAGAGAGAGAGAGGGAUUGAGAGAGAGGGGGUUGUUGUUAAGGAUGAUGGAUCUAAGGAGAUUGGCGUUGGUGGUUGUGACGGUGGCGUUGACGGUGGUGGGUGAAUUUGGUCGUUGUAGUUUUGGAAACGUGGUGACUUUUGAUGUAAAACAUAAAUUUGCAGGUAAAGGAAAGAAUUUAAGUGCAUUGAAAGCUCACGAUAUCCGUCGUCGCGGUAGACUUCUCUCUACUGUGGAUGUCGAUCUCCCUUUAGGUGGCAAUGGUCACCCCUCUGAAACUGGGCUUUAUUUUGCUAAAAUUGGAUUAGGAAAUCCAUCAAAGGACUAUUAUGUGCAAGUUGAUACUGGAAGUGACAUUCUAUGGGUGAAUUGUGGUGGAUGUGACAAGUGCCCCACAAAAAGUGAUCUUGGUAUACAAUUAACUUUAUAUGAUCCAAAGAGCUCAUCCACUUCAAGCCUGGUUUAUUGUGAUCAAGACUUUUGUACUUCAACCUAUGAUGGUCCACUCCCAGGUUGCAAGCCUGAUCUUCAGUGUCAAUAUAACGUUGUUUAUGGUGAUGGAAGCUCAACUGCUGGAUACUUUGUAAAGGACACCAUACAUCUCCAGCAGGUGACUGGAAACCUUCAGACUGCAUCUACAAAUGGGACUGUUAUAUUCGGGUGUGGUGCUAAACAAUCUGGGGAGUUAGGAUCAUCAAGUGAAGCACUAGAUGGGAUACUUGGAUUUGGACAAGCAAAUUCAUCUAUGAUUUCACAGCUAGCUGCAGCUGGGAAAGUAAAAAGUAUGUUUGCACACUGUUUGGAUAAUAUAGAUGGAGGUGGAAUCUUUGCAAUUGGUGAAGUGGUAUCACCAAAAGUGAACACAACUCCUAUGGUUCCAAACCAGGCACAUUACAAUGUUGUAAUGAAGGGAGUUGAGGUUGGUGAUGCUCUACUAGAACUUCCAAGUGAUAUUUUUGACAGCGGAGAUCGAAAAGGAACAAUAGUUGAUAGUGGUACAACCUUAGCAUAUCUUCCAUCGGCAAUUUAUGAACCACUAAUGAAUAAGAUUUUCUCCCAGCAGCCCACAUUGAAAUUACAUACUGUAGAGGACCAAUUUACUUGUUUUACAUUUGCGGAAAAUGUUGAUGAUGCAUUUCCAGUCGUAAAGUUCCAUUUUGAAGAUUCCCUCGUUUUGACAGUUUAUCCCCAUGAGUAUCUGUUCCAAAUUCGUGUAAGUAUGACGUAUUUCUUUGAAUUCAUUUCAUGAUCCACAACCAUGGUUCUCUAGUAUUUGAUGUGGAUAUUUGGAAGUAUUAUAUUGUUAAUAAAAUUAUGCUUUGUGAAUGGAAUGGUUGUUUUUAAUGAAGAAUACUAGCUAAUAGUCCCUAAAGUUUCAUUCUGUGGUCAAGCAUCUUAUUUGAACUUUGUUUCUCACCAUAGUCAUCAUCUUACUCUGAAAUUUAAUUAAACGAUGGGGGUGACUAUUGUCCUAAUAGAGGCAAAUGAGAUAACUUCCUGAAUUUAGUUAGGCUCUUGUUUUAGGCUUUUUUUUGACACUUCCAUCUUUAGUAUAGUGUUGCUUAUUCUUAAUCUUUGUAUCAACCUUGAAGAUUUUGUAAACCUCUUUUGAUUCAGCACCUUUUUGUUAUGGCCCAACAAAAAAAAAAAAAAACCCU